AGUGAGAAAACACGUGAAUGUGACUCUCUCGAUUAGAGAUUACGGGCAUGGAGUAUAUAAUGCCUUUUCGCAGAUCUUCUACUCACAAGGAUUGCUCCAUUGGAUAGUUUGGGAAAAAGAACUCAUAUCAACAUGCUGAAGUACGUCGCCCUGCUUUUAGUUGCUGUAGCUGUUGCUCAAGCAAUUGUGUGUCCUAAAGACUUCUGCGAUAAAGUAGAAUGUGAGGAACUCACCGAUUGUCUUGAAGAAAACGGACAAAAGAUUAGAGAGAAGGGCAGUUAUUGUCAGUGCUGUGAUAUCUGCAUAAAACUUCUGGGAGAAAACGAAGACUGCGUUCCUGAAUCCGACUUUUUGGGCGUUAUAAUAACUUCAGAGUGUGCCUCUGGUCUUCUUUGUGAUCCUAGCCUGAAAAAAUGUAUUAGACCAGCUGUAUAUUAGAUCAUCAACUCAAAAAAUAUCAUUAAAAUUCAUUGAUUAUUGCGCUUUA